AUGGGUUAUAAAAGUUUCACAGUUAAACGAAAGCCAUUAAGAAAACCUACUCAAAUUAAGCAACGUUUAAAAUUUGCUAAAGAACAUAAACAUUGGUUAGAUGAAUGGAAUAAUGUUAUGUGGAGUGACGAAGCACAUUUUGAAGUAUUAAAUCGUAAAAAUGGUACUUACAUUCGUCGUCUACAAUUGGAAAUCAAUCAACCAUUCAAUUUAAUUCUACGUGUACAAGGUGGUGAGUGUGGCGAAGAACAACCAUUUGCCAGCAAAACUUCUGAUAAAGUGCUUGGAAAUUAUUUGGAAUAUCUUAAAGAACUUGAUCGUGAUGAUUUCCAGUGUAAUGUGGAGUGGAAUGAUAUGGAAGAACGUUUCGAAGUGAAAAAACGGUCGAUGGAAUUUAUGGCCACAUUUCUUAAUUGUGGAAUCAUUAUUGAAUUUUCAGAUUCGGUAAAUCAUGAAGGACCUAGAAAGAUCACUAAUCACUUAUUGAUGAUGAUGAAACUUGGUGCGAAACUACCAUCAUUACUCGUAUAUGAUGCCGCAUUUCAGUUACAGAAAUUUUGGAAUUAUCGCUUCAAUACGGAACACAUGAAAAAAAACCAGUAUACGCAACGACUAAUGGAGAUGAAAUUAGUCACGGCUCGAUUUCAUAAUACCGUACAUAUGGGACAACUAUCAGAACAAACAUUUCCUUAUUUAACCAAUUUCAAGCUUGCUUUAAGAAGUUUUUCCUACCCAACAUCGACACUUCUUACAAUUUUACUUUUUCAUUUGAAAACUUGUGACAAAUUAAAUCAAGAUUCAUCUCAACAAUGUCUUAUUAUCGGUACAAUUCUUGAACAUAUAAUUCAAGACCAAAGAUCGUAUCAAAGUUAUUGUAUAUUCGAAACACUAUUCAUUGGAGAAAAGAAUGAUGAAGAUGAAUCUCAACUCGAUGAUGAAUAUGUUGAUAUUAGUGAUCAUGAAAAUAAUAAUAUCUAA